UAUCAGAUUAUAAUUGGAAACAUUUUGAACAAUCUAUUAUGAGCUUUUAUACGAAAUGUGUUUACGCAGCAUCUAGUAGAGCUAAUAAUUCUCAAGUUUUAACUCCAGAUGAUGAAGAAUUAACAUGGAUGCAUACUGAAGGCUUGAUUUGUCAUUUACGAGGAAAUCAUAAUAAAUGUUGGCCUGAAGUUUGCUGGAUCGUAGAAAAUCCAGAUCUGAGCUUAUCAACUCCAAAUUUAAUUAGUGCAGAUGAAAAUCAAUGCAAACGAUUAUUAGAAUUUCUCAAGAAAAUUAUGAAACCUAAAGAACAUCAAAGCUUAAUAACAACAAUACGUACUAGUUAUAAUGAAGCAUUUAAUCGUUUAAAGCUAAAUUAUACAGAAAAGAAAAUAGAUUAUCCAAAAUCAUUUCGAGCUCGUCAUGCACUUUCAAUUAUUCACAACAAUAAUGGUUUUGUAGAACUUCAACAUUCAGUUCGUGAAGCAGGCAAUUUGAUUAGUUUUUCAAAUCAGGACGAGAAGAACUUGCUUGAAGGUUUUGAUUACUCGCAGGAUUUAGUUCCAUAUGGUUUGCGAACUCAAGAAGAACUUCUAAACAGCAAAUUUGAACCUUCCUUUGCUCCAUUGAUAACUGCAUUCAAGUCAUUAUCUCUCAAAUGUGUGGCAUGUCAAUCUUUUCAAAAAAAGUUCACUAAUGGACUGUGUGCACUAUGUGGUUAUCUAUCAAAGCACAACUUAUUUAAUCACAUACCGAAUAUACAAUAUCAACAAUUAAUAUCUGAAUCGAAUUGGGAACUUAAUAUAGAUAGUAUCAUUACUGAAUUUUUUGGAUUUGAAGAAUAUCGUGAAAAACAACGAGAAAGUAUAUUAUCUUUUUUAUCAGAUCAUGAUACGCUAACCAUAUUAAAAACUGGUGGAGGCAAGAGUCUGAUUUAUGCAACUGUAAGUAUAUUAUCACGAAGAUUAACUAUAGUAUUUACUCCCCAAAAGGCAUUAAUGGAUGAUCAAGUGCGAGAAAUGGUAGGGAUGGGAAUACCAGCAGCAAUGUUAUAUGCUUCUUCAGAACAGCCACUCCUAGUACAAGAAAAGAUCUUUGCUGAAAUUGCAAGUGGAUUAAUUCGCCUUCAGUUCGUUAUUGAUGAAGCACAUUGUGUGGUUCUUUAUGAAGGAUUUCG